AUGCUCAUCAAAGUCAAGACUCUCGGAAAGGAAAUCGAGCUCGACAUCGAUUCCAGUGACAAAAUCGAGAGGGUUAAGAAGAAGAUCGAAGAAAACGAAGGCAUCCCACCACCACAACAACGUCUAAUUUUUGCCGGAAAACAGAUGAAUGACGAUAAAACUUGUGAAGACUACAAAGUCAAAGGAGGAUCUGUCCUUCAUUUGGUUCUCGCACUUCGUGGAGGGUUUUAA